AUGGACCCCUCUCUUGUCUCUAGCGCGGAUUCUAUGGACGUGGACAAGGAUCCUGCACAACCGCCGGAAGAGAUGGCGACCAUAAACGCGGCUCUUCCACGUAAACCUCGCGCGUCGUCUCUUCCCCUCAAACCCCCUAGCCAUACCGUCGGCUUCAUAUACUGUUCUGAGAUGAUGCUCCAUUGCUCACCUCAUGGCCAUCCCGAACAGCCCCUCCGAAUAAAGAGUAUUUUCACCAUACUAGUUCACAAUCAACUCGAUAAGUUGAUGAAAUGGCUUCCUAUUCGGGAGGUUCGAAGAGAAGAAGCUCUCCUCGUUCACAGCGAAGACCAUUGGGAAAAGGUUGUAGCCCUCCAACACAUGACUGUACAGCAAAGAAUUGAUUCUGAAGAUUAUUACGACCAAAUGUCUCUGUAUGUUAUGUCUGCUACCACUCGCUCCGCUCUCUUGAGUUGUGGGGGUGUUGUAGAAGCAUGUCUUGCUGUUGCGCGUGGUGAAUUGAAAAAGGCUUUUGCCAUCGUUCGUCCUCCUGGUCACCAUGCUGAGCCAGAUGAACACAUGGGCUUCUGCUUCUUCAACAAUGUGGCGGUCGCUGCAAGAGUUGUCCAACAGAUGACACCCAUUAAGAGGGUUCUCAUUCUUGACUGGGAUGUCCAUCAUGGUAACGGAACUCAGAGAGCCUUCAAUGAGGACCCAUCCGUUCUCUAUGUGUCAUUGCAUCGAUACGAACAAGGGAUAUUUUAUCCUUGCGGUCCCUUUGGCUCCAUGCAAUCCUGUGGCGAGGGCCCGGGUCUGGGAUACUCUGUGAAUAUCCCAUGGCCAGAGAAAGGAAUGGGUGAUGCCGAAUACAUCUAUGCCUUUCAAAAGGUCGUUAUGCCUAUAGCAAUGGAGUUCGCCCCUGAGCUGGUCAUCAUUUCUGCGGGUUUCGACGCAGCGGACGGUGACGAGCUCGGAGAAUGUCACGUCUCUCCUGUUGGGUAUGCACACAUGACACAUAUGCUUGCUGGUUUGGCUGGCGGUCGCCUAGUCGUUGCUCUCGAGGGUGGCUACAAUCUAGAUUCAAUAUCCGUUUCAUCACUAGCCGUCACAAAGGUCCUGCUUGGCCAGGCGCCUGAUAUGCUACCUCCUCUCACCGCCAAUGAAGCUGCAACAGAGACAGUUUGGUUGGUUGCUCGGGAGCAAAGCAAAUAUUGGAAGAGCGUGGACCCGAAAGCUUGCGAACCUCAGCAAGGCCUAGAAUCAAUAAGCUAUACGAUACCAGAAAUUCUCAAAGAGCACCGGCAGCACUACAUGUACAAAAAUCACGACAUGAUGCAAGUGCCGAUGAUGUCUACAUAUAUGGAAGAACGAUUCCAGUCUCAAGUAAUGUGCACUCCGGACAUAUUCCAGAACAAAACAUUGGUAUUCUUUGUUCAUGAGUUUGGUAAUCUUCGCAUGGAAUUGCAAUCUUCAGCAACAUGUGACGUGAGGCUUGAAAAUUCUUAUCUUAUCGAUUUUUCUAAAGAGCUUAUUACAUGGGUCAAAAAAGAGGGAUACUCUUUACUAGAUGCAAACCUAUACCCAAAGCCUACAAAUAAAACUUCAGCCGCUUCGCGUUUGAAAGCCACAGAAGACAUUGGCCGGGAUGUCGUGAUAUACCUUUGGGACAACUACGUCCAGUGA